GGGUGGCGCUGUGGCCGCAUGCUGUAGCCUACUCAUCAUGUAGCUCUCUUGUCCUGGUAACACAAUAUGUGUUGUCAAACGUUGCUAAGGAAGCUACUUUUUAAAAACCAGCCUCUCUGAGACCAAACAGCCGUAUACGAGAGGUGUGUCACCUAGUGAUGAAAAAGCUCCAUCUGCCCAACCCCAGCUGGUCUCAGGUAUGAUGAGAGGAUGACUGAGAAUGGAGAGGACAGCAGCCUGCACUGGUCCCGUGAAGCUCCAGGUAAAGGAGAGUCAGCUGUCAAUGCCAGCAGGUCAUGCAAGGCCUCCUUAGUAGAUGCCAAACCCUGCAAGGAAUACAAUGAGGCACUUAAACUCACUGCUGGAAACGCAGAGGGAGAGAUCAUUCCAUACCAGCCUCGACCACCCUCACUACCAAGGUUGUUCAAGUCUAGCAAAAGUGGCUCAGUUGAUGAGAGUGUGAGAACCAGGAGGCUGAGGAACAGCCAAGAGAGUCUGAGUGACUCGGCUGAUAUUGGCUCUUCCACAGACUCACUCAGAGAGGACCAAACAGUUCCAGCUGCUGGUGGGUAUGUUCUUAGUGAUGCUCCUGCCAUCAGAAACCAGGACUCAAAUGUGGGAGCUCUCUCUACUGAUACUUCAGUAUCCCCAGUCUUCCGGGACAGAGGGAACAGUCUCUCUGAGUGUGAAAGCAGGCCCCACAGUCAGCAGAGUGACCCCACAGACCACCAGGUGAGGCCCAACAAGGUACUUCUGUCUCCGGUGCAACCCAUGGGGCCACUGCCUGCUCUGGAAAAGAAUUUUAUGUCAGCCAAUUUAGGGGCAGCUAAUAGGAUUGACAGGGAUUGUUUGGAUAAUGCUGAGCUGGCCAGCGGGGACAGACGCCACAGGAUCCUGAGCGACAGCCAGCUCCUGGAGAACAUGGGGUCGGAUAGUGCUUCUGUCAACUCCUUGAGGUCCACCUACAGCGUGCUUAGCCCCAUCAGACCCCAGGAUGUGAGGAACAGGAGCUUUCUGGAGGGCAGCGUGCUGGGAAGGGGUGCCUUGCUUGGGGCUGAGGAGUUGGACCGCCACUUCCCCAACAGGAGAGUGGGCAUUUACGUUGUCACAUGGAACAUGCAGGGAGAAAAUGGGAUGCCAGCCAACUUGGAUGAUCUCCUCCUUCCAAUGGACUCUGAAUUUGCACAAGACUUUUAUAUUAUUGGGGUUCAGGAAGGCUGUCCUGACAGGAGGGAGUGGGAGACUCGCCUUCAGGAGACUCUGGGACCUUACUACCUUGUGCUGUAUGCAGCAUCACAUGGUGUUUUGUAUCUCACUGUAUUUGUCAGAAGAGACCUCAUCUGGUACUGCUCAGAGGUGGAGCACGCCACAGUCACAACCAGGAUCAUCUCUCAGAUCAAGACCAAAGGAGCUGUGGGAGUCGCCUUUAUGUUUUUUGGCACUUCAUUCCUCUUCAUCACAUCUCAUUUUACCUCUGGAGACGCCAAAGUUUAUGAGAGAAUACUGGAUUACAACAAGAUCAUCGAGGCGCUAGGUCUCCCAAGAGGCCUCCCAGACACCAACCCUUACCGCUCCACAUCCUCUGAUGUCACCACAAGAUUUGACCAGGUUUUCUGGUUUGGAGAUUUUAACUUCCGGCUUAGUGAAGAACGUGCUAACGUGGAGGCCAUCAUGAGCCACACAUCAGGAGGUGACAUGGGCCUUCUGCUGGAGCACGACCAGCUUUCCAAAGAAAUGAAGGACGGUUCAGUCUUCAAAGGUUUUCAAGAGGCACCAAUACACUUCCUCCCCACGUACAAAUUUGACAUCAACUGCGAUAUCUACGACACGACAUCUAAACAGAGAACGCCUUCAUACACAGACAGGAUCCUGUUCAGGAACAGACAAGCUGAUGACAUUAAAGUCGUGAAGUACACCAGCUGCUCCAGCAUCAAGACCUCAGACCACCGGCCUGUCAUCGGAGUCUUCCGGGUCAAACUCAGGCCAGGCAGAGAUAAUAUCCCUCUGUGUGCGGGACAGUUUGACCGAGGCUUGUUUCUUGAAGGCAUCAGGAGGAGGAUCACCAGAGAGCUGAAGAGGGAGGCCACAAAGAACCAAAGUAACAGCACUAUCUGUGCUAUUUCUUAAAAGUGGACUCUCCAGACCAAACUAGGCUGGACAGGAUCAAACUGCCAGAAAGAGGCAGGUGGAAAAGGACCAAAAGGAAGCCAGUUAUCUUAACUACACAGAACCCAGUGCAGUAACUGAGCAGAAAGCACCCUCUGUUGGGAAAUAUGUGCAUGUCCUGCUGGUUAAGGAGAGUGGCUGGCUGUACUUAAGGGCAGGGACCUUGAGAUCAGACAGACUUGGCCUUUAUUUAUUCAGCCUCCUCUACUCAAACAUGACCGGAGGUGCCGUUGUGGCUUACUCAUCAGUCACAUGCUGCAGUGUGAACUGAUUAAACUGUAAAGACUCUGUGUAGCUGCAUCUAAUUUCCUAAUUAUUUUGUAGGUGUUUAAAAAGUGUCAAGAGCAACAAUGCCAAGUUUUUCUGAAUGCUACAUCAGUGUUCAAAUGCCUUGUGAAUUUGCCAUCAAUUAGCAUACCAAACAUGAUUACAGUAAACAUCUAGGAGCAGUUUUUUUUAAAUGCAAGUUAAGCAUCAGCUGUUGGUUGAUUUUAACUUGAACUGUGUUCUAAGAUGAACAGCAGGACUGAAGAAGGGAGUUGUUACUAUUACAUUAUUUCUGUCAUUAAGUCAAAUUUCCAUUUCGUUAAUGAGUGCUACAGUCAUGAUUGUUGUUACACACUACUGUUGAAUUUCAGGGAGAUCAGAUGUUUCUAACAGCUUAUAUUAAACUUUUCUGAAGAAACUCACUUCCUGUAAAAUAGAUGGAGCAUUUUGUUUUGUUCAUGCCUGUCACUACUCUGUUCCUAGGCCAGGUGAUCCUUUGCAACAGACUAACUUAUUGCCUUACGUCUCUAACACCAUACAUACUGUAAACUGUCCAUACUGUAUGUACCACAUUAAUGAACUUGCAUUCCCAGCAUGAAGAACAAAUGCUCCAAAAAAGUGCCUGUAGGUCUUGUUUUCAUUUCCUCAGGACCUUUUUAUAUGAUGUAACAUCCAGUAAUAAAUGUUUUAAACCAUACAUUUUUUCAGAUAAAUGUUGUUCAUGGAAGUAAUUCCAUGUAUUUGUGAAAUGAUGUGCAGCUGUUUCCAAGAGUUCACAUGUAAUGCCUAGUUUGUCAAGCAUUUCUGAAGAGUUGUACACAACAGCAGCAGAGCCAAAUAUUGCAGCAUUAAGAAGCAUGUUCAUGUGCCCAGGCUGGACCCAGUUUUUUAACACUCAAUCCUAUAGUACAGAUACUCAAAACAAGAUUUAUUUUAUCAGUAGUGUCGAUCCACCCAUCCCUAUCUAACUUUGCACAUGAAAACAAAUAAUUUAACAAUGUCAGAGUAUUCAUUUAUCUCCUUACAUAUUGGGGUAACCUGCAUGAGCAUAACCACAAAAAAUAGGUUUCACUUUACUUCUCUUUACAGUGCAUCCGAGUCAAAUGUGACAAACAAUGAUUUCAGUCUCGAGGACAACCUGCCUACACUUGUAAAGAUGGUCACACUGGUCCAAACAUUUGCAGCAAUUUCUUAAUUAUUUAUCAGUUAAAUACUGCGGUGUAUUGUCCCCCCUGUGGUUGUGAAGGAGGAUCAUGAAGGGCUGUUGUAUAAAUACUAAGAUUAUAGUUGGAGUUGAACUAAACUGAAUUUUAGAGCUAAAGUCUGCAAAGUGAGGAAAAUAAUGAAGAAUGUUAGUCACCCCUUUCAUUUGCCUAUAUGCUGAAUUACUUACAAAAUACCAACAUAAAACGUCUUGGUACUGGAGUUUUUAAACUGGACAUUAACACUUUAAUUUCAGCUUUGGGGUGAACUGUCCCUUUAAAACCAAACUCCUGCAAACUAUCAGUAAAGGAUGACGUAUGAUCACCUGACC